AAUGCGGAGGAGGUCGACCCACCCCGCAAAAAACGCAGAAUCGCCGACAACGAAUUGGCAAUUGAAGAACACAACGACGAGAAACUGGACAGGAAAGACACUGCGAUAGUGACGAUGAACGGCCACAUCAUUGCGAAUCAACUCCAGUUCGUGAACCACCAGCUUCGCGGCGAGACCAAGGGAUUGACCCUCCGUUAUAACGAUAUCUUCAUCUUUGACUCGGCUACCGACACUAAGAAGCUGUUGAAUGGACUGCACUGCCAGCAAAGGAUGUGGCUACGAAGGAUCAUCGUUAAGACUGAAAACGGUUGGCAUAAAGGUGGGAUUCCUCGUUAUACAACAAAAACUCCACAUACUUCAUGCAACCCCACAUUCGCCAUCCACAUCUACUGUCCCUUGAUUCGGAUGGACAAAAACUCGUUUUUUCUAGCUGCCUUGUAUUUCCAAUCCAUAGGCCGAGGCAACACAGCAUUCGUACAAAAGUUGUCGGAUAGUGCGAGUGUGCAACAAUAUUUAUUAGCCCUGAUGGAGCAGAGAGCUUCUUCAGAUAGUGGCGUGCUGCCACGCUACGUACGAAUCUUCCCAUGGGACGAAGUCUUCGAUGAGGCGGCUCUUAGAAAGUCCUGUUCAGAACAUGUUCUCGAAUCAACCCGUCUCAUCCCUACGCUCAAAGAUGGAGUAGAAGCUCUCAUACGAGUCGCUAAGGACUGGUUCGACAAUGGGAUUUGAUAUUUCAAGGAUAGUUUGGGUUGAUAGACCAG